AUGCCCAGUCACGGACAUCGUUCUGGCCACCCAUUCACCGCUUCAGAGCACUAUCCACGUCCGCACCCUUGCUUCCUCGCGAUUGCGCAUCUUUCCCGUGCCGCCAUGCAAGCAGCGUUUGCAACAACGGGCCAGUUGCCUACGUUUUCCAAGUCUCUAAACCCUUCCUUGUCACGAUGUUCACCGACUUCAACGCACAUCACUGCUCGUCGUGCACGUUUUUCAGCCUCGCUUUCCUCUCCAUUCCCACUUCCUGAUUUAUUUUCCUUUCCCAACGUCGUCUUCCUCUCGUCAACGGCCUCAUCUGACUUUCGCCCAGAGCUUGUCGGCUCUUUGCUGUGGACGGCAGGUCUCUACCUCGGCUUUUCCCAGAGCAAACGAUGGGGGUCUAUGGUUUUUGACGCUCAAGCAAAGUUAUUAAGAUCCUUUCAGCUUCCAGAAUUGGCAGUCGAGGUCCUUGUCCUUCCCACACAUUCGCUUCCGUUUCUCGCGACAGGCUUCGGCAUAGAUGCAGUUCUUCGCCACGCAAAUGGCGGAAGUGCUGUUUGGGCCAUUGCUGCCGGUUUAUCGGUAGCAAGUUAUGGUGGAAUUUACGAACUCGCGAGGUCCUCGGUCACCCCAAAAAAGCUUUCUGAGGAAGACCAGCGACGAUAUGACUUGUUUGACGACUUUGCAAGAAGAAAAUUACGGGCAUGUGGUAUGUGCCAUUUAAUUGACAUUAAGGAGGCUGUGCGAGGCGACCCAAAAGCAAGAUCCCUCACUUAUCUUUCUGAUGAAAGCUUAAGGAGGUUUGUACGAAACCGGUUCCCAAAGGCGAAACGGUCCCCCAAUGGGUAUUAUCGGGGUUUAUCUCUUCUGGAUUUGACUGGGCGUGAGCAGGGGCGAGCGCCAUGA